AUGCGCGCCGAAGGGGGCCAGCGACGAAAUGUUGGCAAUCGACGAAGGAACGAUUCUAUCAAUAGCACACAAAGCGAAUGUCUGCCGACAUCGGAUCGACUCCAUAUAGACUCCGGAGGGGAGACGCGAAGUGUUGCCGGUGAUGCACCGCCAUCUCCCUCCCUGUCCUACAUGCAAUUGUGUCAGUCCUUUGAAUCGAUUGGUUCGUUCGAUUGGAGCCGAGAAGUGGAAUCCGAAUACAAUGCGAAGCAUGGUGAAGAAAAAGAAAGCCAUUCUACGAAUUACCAAGAAAGAGGAAGAUCCUUCGAUGCCACUGAGACUUCACAAUGCGAUUCCGCGAAAGAAGGAUCUCUCAUGGGAGAUGCGUCCACAUUUCCAACUUUUCCCGAUGCGGGAGCAUUAAUUGAGGACUACCUCAUGGUUUGGAGCACAGUGGAUGUGGGAAGCAACGAUCGAAACUCGGAUAGUGAUCGGUCUUCCUUACGUGGCAGCAUAGUAGAAGAGGAAUUUGAUGAGUCUUGUGAGCCUUCAAGUGGAGAAUGUACCCCAACUGAGGAGAGUGGAGAUGAAAAACAUUGGAACAAUCGAAGAAUGCCACAGAUUAUCAAAUCCAGUGCCGGCUAUAGUGGUGGUGAUGAUGUUCACAAGGAAAAUCGAGGCAGUCGUUUAAUGGGACGUGUCACAAUUGAACGACCAAGAAGAGAGCCAAAUGCGUCGGAAACAGUGCCGCUGUCAUCGCGUACCACACGAAUUCUCACACGAAACGAACCGAGAAGGACAUACAAGCCUCCGGCGAUGCGAGGUGUGUUUCAUGCAGCUAUUAGAAAAGGAGAAUCAGGGGAAUAUCAAGGCGGCGUUCAUUCUCGGGAAUGUGCGAGAAUCGGCGAGAAGGAAAUUGCACUCAGCGACCUGUAG